CAUCCUUAAAUUUGGAAAAAAAUGUUUGAAAACGGAAGCUAUUCCAUCCAGGAUUUCAUUGCCUGAUCCUUGUUCAAGUAACACAUUAGCCGCUUCAGACGAAAGGUAUAUGACCCAGGACCCAUCAGAUGUUGGUAAAGUUGGGGAGUCCUCAAAAUUGAUUGGUUCUGAAUUAUCAGAAACUUCAGAUUUGUCUGCUACCGCAAGUGCUUCAGAUUUAUCUGCCACAUUGACUGCUUCCGAUUUAUCUGCUACAGACAUGUCUGUUGCUUUGGCCGCUUCAGAUUUAUCAGGCAAAGUGGAUUCCUUAGAAGUAUUUGAUACUGAAAAAUUUGCAGCACCACAUACAAAAACUUCAUGUUGCACAUCGACUGCUUCAGAUGGAAGGAGUGUGACCCAGACUCUCUCAGAUAUUGGUAGAGUAGAGGAAUUUCCAAAACUGAGUGGUCUGAACUAUCUAAAACUUCAACAGCUUCAGAUUUGUCUGCUACAUGCAAUGAUUAUUGCACCAGUCUGUUGA